CACCUCAAGAUUCUAUAGUCAAAAGCUCAACAAACUCCACCAUGGCUAUAGGUUUAAGCUCUCCAUCCAUUCUAUAUAUCUCCACCAUUCUUAUUUCUCUUUUCUUCUCUACAUCUUCUCAAACUUGUUCAAAUCACACUUUCACGUCCAAAAGAACCUUCACUUCCUGCAAAGACCUUCCAUAUCUCAAUGCUCAUCUUCACUGGACUUACUUCAAGUCCACAAAUCAAUCCAAGAUCGCAUUUCGGGCCCCACACACUCCAAAGGGGUGGAUCGCAUGGGCAAUCAAUCCAUACAGAAGAAGCAUGGUUGGAUCACAAGCACUCAUAGCUUUUCGGAAUACUAAAGGCAUGAUGUCAGCAUACACAACAACAAUCACAGGGUACAACCCAUCAAUGCAGCCUAAAAAACUCUCCUUCCAUGUUUCAAAGCUUUCAGUCGAGUAUUCAAACAAUGAGAUAACCAUUUUUGCGGUUGUGGGCCCACUUGCAAAUGGGCCGGUUGUUAACCAAGUGUGGCAAGUUGGGAGCUUGGAUCAGAAUGGUGUUCCUAUGAUGCAUGAAAUGGAGUUUCAGAAUCUUCAAUCGAAAGAUGUUAUUGAUUUUUCGUCUUUUUGAUUUAUUGAAAUUUAUAAAAUCUCAUACACUUA